AAGCCAACUGGUGAUGCAGCGUUGAUUAUUAUGCUAUUCGGGUAGAUUCAGACCGCACUGCACUAACUGUAGUACAUAUAGCACCUAUAUACAGUGUGUGCCCUGUGUGACGUCACUGCGGUUUGUCGACUAUAUAAACACGCGAGUAGGCGUAUGAGAGUAAGAAAGUGUUUGUGCUGCUGGUUUAGUGAAGACAACGGACAAUGGUGCAACUUACUAAAACUGGAAUGAGGGACACACUGAAAGCUGGACAUCCUCCUGCAGUGAAAGCAGGAGGGAAAAGAGUAGUGAAGAAAAGUGGUGAAGAUAAUACAAAUGUGGAUAAAGAGGCCAGGAAACUUGAUAAACCCAGGUCCCUGCCUACUGUUUCCAGAAUGCAACACCUGAGUCUUCUCCUGGCUGGUCCACUUGAGAAGUUGGGCCACGACUUCCCUGAAACUCCAGUUUCUGUGCGACACAGCAAAGUCAGACCCGGUGUGGAGAAACCACACAUGCCACGCACCUUCUGCAUUCAACAACCACGCAAGAUGUAAACGAAAUGCAUUCUGCUGCUGUGUUUUUAUGAAAUGUUGUUCAAAAGACCAGGAAGUGAGUUUGUUUGUGAAUGACAUGCAUCAAGGACCAGACUGACAUACUAGUAGCCUUGGAACAAAUUUCAUGUUUUGCAAUUCUUUCUUUUUUUUUUUUUUUUUCUCCUUACUUUGCAGCUUUUGGGUCUUUCUUACUGCAUAGAUUUUGUGCUUGCGCUGUGUGUGGACCAAUAACCCAGUGUGAAUUAAAGCUGUGCUGUAGGAUAAUAUUUAGAUAACUGCCUUAAUGACAUUUCAUGUGCAAGAGUUUGGAAGUGUGGCAUUAAAUUGUUGCAUUAAUUUGCAUGAAAUAUAUAUUACAUUUUUGAUAAAACCAAGCACACUGUUUUUCCUGCUUUCACAAAAUUAGACAUUUCUAGUAUCAGUAAAGUUCACUUUUCCAGCAAAUGAA